UCAAAAGCUGGUGGACAAAAAAAAAGAAAAAACCGCCUUGUAACACUUGGAUGAUUAUCUACGAAAGGUGCUUGAUUUGUCUAUUCUAAGAGCGCAUCGGUCCCUGAAAGAUUUUCUUGUAAUACCUGCUUAGUAGUGAAAGUGAGCGUCAGAGAUUUGGAUUCACUCGGCUGCCAGAUCACUUUUGGAUUCGCUUCAGAACAGAUCGCUAUUCCCAUCGCGUUCAAGCAAGGAAUAAUAUUUACUUUAUAUUAUCAGCAACUGUGAAAAUAAACCAUCACCAUGUUCGCUAGGUUAGCACAGCGCGCAUUCUCCGUUUCGGCCAGGAGUUCGGCAAACCUUCUCGGAGUCGCGUCAUCGGAGGCGACGUCGAUGACCACCACGGGCCGCAUCGGCAGGUGUUUGAGGAAAUCGCUGUUGAGGAAUUUCCCAGAAGACGAUCUGCUUAGCUGCUUCGACAACAUGAGUAUACAGAAGAGAUAUUUGGGAACGUCUGCGAUGAAGACAACACCGGUUGUUCCUCAGCUUCAAGUCUCAGCAGACGACUAUGAAGUUGACCCCGAACUCGUUACAAGGUACGUUGUCCGGCCGUCGGAGAUCGACGACUGCGGCGACAUCCUGAAGCUGGUACGAGGGCUCGCGGAGUGGGAGGGGACCAUUGACCAGGUCGAAAUCACCGAGGAAGAUCUGAAAAAAGACGGCUUCGGAUCGAACCCUUGCUACCAGUGUGUCUUGCUCGAGGCUUUUGAAGAUGAUGGUGACCACAGUGUCAUAGGCUAUGCCAUGUUUAGUGGGGGCUACUGCGCAUGGAAGGGGCGCACCAUCACGUGGGAAGACCUUUUCAUUCAUCAUGAUUAUAGAGCAAAAGGACUUGGGGCUGUACUACUCCAUGAAGUAUGUAAGAUGGGUUAUCUGGACGGCUGCAAGUACAUCAGCGGCUACGUCGAUAUCGAGAAUGAUCGGGCAAAGCAGUGGUACGAAGACAUCGGAUUCGAAAACCAGACUCAGAAACAUGGCUACAACAUCAUGUCCAUGGCCGGCAACUCGCUGCAACAUUAUGUCACCGACCACAAACCCAUCGAGAAGCUUGGAAGGAGAGGCGUACAUGUUUCGUCGCUUGUUACAAAUUGAGUUUAUAAGUUCUUAUUUUCCACUGAAUUUAAAGACAAAAGUUGAGUUGUGAGAUUUGAGAAUUAGACUCAGAAAUAUGGCUACAACAUCAUGUCCAUGGCCGGCAACUCGCUGCAACAUUAUGUCACCGACCACAAACCCAUCGAGAAGCUUGGAAGGAGAGGCAUACAUGUUUCGUCGCUUGUUACAAAUUGAGAUUAUAAGUUCUUAUUUUCCACUGAUUUUUAAAGACAACGUUGAGUUUGUCUUUCAAUGUGCAAUAUUACAAGUAUUAUGUUUUCAAAUGUAUAUAUAUUAUAUCAAUGAAGUAGUUAACACGUCAUGAGGUCUCGGUUUUUAUGUUUAAGUUUGAAAGAAGAGCACGGAUAAUAUUUCUUUAAUGAUAUUUAUUAUACAGGUGAUGUGACAUAUUCCUGUAUAACUUUAUUUGUUAGCAUAUUGUAUUCUGAUAUCAAUAACACUUCUUUGCCAACACGUAAUGCUGAUAGUAAUACCGCGUCGAGUAUUAUUUC